UAUAAAACUUGGGCACUGUGGUAGUAAGUAAUUCCAUAUUAGUUUGUUUAUUAGAUGUAUCACACAGUGAAACAGUAUUAUUUAGUAUUAUUUAUUUAUUAUUUACAGUAAAUAAUACUGUUUCACUGUGUAAUACGUCUAAUAAACAAACUAAUUUGGAAUUGAUAUGAUUAUGACUAUGAAUUAGUGUCAAUGAUAAAUCGUGCUCGAAAUGUGUGGUGGCACCAUCAGUAAAUAUUACUGUAUAACAAACAGACACUGUGUGACACUUUAUCAAAAUGAAAAAUUUCCUCCAUAAUGCCCCUAAUGCCACUUUACUGCCUUAAAUCGACAUACUACUGAUUGACUGAGAUGAGUAGUAUUACUUGUUGUCUAACAUCCACCACAACAUCAUCAACCCGUAGUAGUACUUGCUAGCCAGUUAGCCAGUGAUCAAGGUGAUUUUGAAAAACACUGGACGGCUAUUUUACUUGUGUGAUCAGUGGUAUACACCCAAUUCGACUCCUCAGCUCUCAGACAGGCGAAUCAGUUUUUAAAAAGCACCCGAACCGAUCUCUCUGUGGCUAGCUGGCAACUACCAAUAAAUCAAAAUCAAAUUUAAAGUUUGCAAAUUACGCAACGAUUUUCAGUGUAUGUACACAUAGGUGCAGUUGUGGUGAUUACCACUUGUGACAUAUUGUUGUGUGUGUGUGUGAUUUGAAUAUAAUUUGGUUUCCAAGGAGAAAACUCUGUUCUGGGGAGAAAUUUCUCACCCCACCCCCCUUGAACUUUGUAAUUUUGCAAAUUUUUAACUUGUUUCUGCUCGUGUGUUACUCUGCCUAGUUCUGCUUAUUAGAUGGUUGGACGCAGUAGGCAGGAAGCCUUGUCUAGACCUAGGUUUCGUGUUAUUUGGCACCCAUGAGUCAGUCAGCAAGGCGUAUCUACAACCCUUCUGAGAUUCGGACCUCCUGCGUCAACUGCCAGUUGCCUCCAGCCAUCUACUGUCAUCAAAGCAAUGUGCACGGUGAUAACGAGCUAGCUACCUAAUGGCAUGGUGACCACAUUGAAAACCUGACACUGACUGACUGAUAGAAUUCAGUCUGCACGAAAGAAAGAACUAGCCAGACACACCAUACACUAGUGACUGACUGACUGACUGACUGUCUAAUCAAAGUAGUUCUGCUUAGUUUUAACCUGAUGCAGUGCUGUCUGUCACAUCAUUGUCAUCAUAAACCAAUGUCCUCGUUUUAGGACAAAGUUUUGUACUACAUUGUAUUUAUCUGCCUGUUUUGAUAACAUGAUGACGCUCGGUAAGCUAAUUAGCUAGCUAGCUAGCUAGCUAUCCAUUCAUACUUUUUGCUUAUCUAUUCACCCUUUAUAAUUAUCAGUUUAGAGUAUAAUCUCAACAAUUAAGCUGAUACAUAAUAAGAAAAUGUAAUUUUUAGGGAUAUAUUUAUUAUUUAAUUGGUGGAUGGUGACUAGUAGUGGAAUCCAGGAUGCGCGUUUCGUCCUAUUUGGGACUCGUCAGCUGGAUGUACCUGCCAAAAAUAUAUAUUUAUUAUUAUUUUUAUUAUUAUUCUCAUUAUUAUUAUUAUCAUUGGUGAAGCGCUUACUUUAUCUUAUUUUGGAAGGCCACCGCUUUUGAAUCGCCUGACCUAGACAAACUUCUAUUAGUGUCUUGUGCGCAUGCAUAGCGCUUCUCAAGCAUAGCCUUCUUAUUAUCCCGUCUAAUAUUUCUUUUCAUGUUGUUAUUUUUUUCCUUCUUUUCUGAAAGACUAAAUACUUGCGUAUUUCUUUUGUAUUCUUUUAUUUUAUUCACCUGAUUGCUUAAUUGGUAGUGUUAAGUCGCCAUGGUAACAUCAUUAUGAUGAGCCGAUGUAUGUAUGUGUGUGUAUACUGUCGGUAUUUUUGUCUUUUCAGACUGACGUUGGAUACUACCGUUAUUGAAUCGUAUCGUCGUAGGAAAGAAAGUACACAUAGUUAGUUGGUAAAAUAAAGUACACAGAAGAAGUUUACGAGGCGUGUAUGGAAGCAUUCGACUGUUUACCAUUGGCAGCUUUGAUGAAUCAACAAUUUUUAUGUGUUCAUGGUGGUCUUUCUCCUGAAAUUCAUACACUGGAUGAUAUACGCCGUAUUGAUCGAUACAGAGAACCCCCUGCUUUUGGUCCUAUGUGUGACCUUCUCUGGUCUGAUCCAUUGGAAGAUUUUGGCAGUGAAAAGUCAUUAGAUCAUUUUUCGCACAACAGUGUUCGUGGUUGUUCUUUCUUUUUCAGUUAUGCUGCAUGCUGUGAUUUCUUACAAGCCAACAGCCUCCUUUCCAUUAUACGUGCUCACGAAGCUCAGGAUGCUGGUUAUCGUAUGUAUCGAAAGAAUCAAGCUACUAAUUUCCCUUCACUUAUAACAAUAUUCAGUGCCCCCAAUUAUCUAGAUGUUUACAAUAAUAAAGCUGCUAUUCUUAAAUAUGAAAACAAUACAAUGAAUAUAAGACAAUUUAAUUGUUCGCCUCAUCCUUACUGGCUUCCAAAUUUCAUGGAUGUAUUCACCUGGUCUUUACCUUUUGUUGGAGAGAAAGUUACGGAGAUGCUCAUGAAUGUACUAAGUAUAUGCUCAGAUGAUGAAUUAAUGAAGGAAGGUGAUGACACUUUUGAAGGUGGAACUGUUGCUGCUCGUAAAGAAGUUAUUCGUAAUAAGAUACGUGCUAUCGGUAAAAUGGCCCGAACUUUUACAGUGUUAAGAGAGGAAAGUGAAUCUGUGUUUGAAUUGAAAGGAUUGACUCCAAAUGGAAUGCUUCCAUUAGGUGCAUUGUCAGGAGGGAAAGAAUCAUUAAACAAAGCACUAUCUGGUGUUUCACCAAGAAAUAAAAUCAUCUCAUUUGAACAAGCCAAAGCAUACGAUCAAAUCAAUGAACGCAUGCCACCAAGGCGUGACAGUAAUGUGGCUACUACUACUACACGACCUUAUGGUUCUGCUUCUCGUCAAGUCGACAGGAAAUCAACUUCAAACCCGUUGAAUAAUAUCACCAGUAAUACUGCUGAUUCUAUCCAAUCGUCAAGUCAUCGACGUCAAAGUGCAAAGAGUAGUAGUAGUACAAGUCGAUCAACAGUAGUGGAUCACAGUGAUACUACAAACCGUUCUAUUAGCAGUGAUCUUCGAUCAUCAUCAUCUAGUAAUGGUGUCCGGUUACCACCACCGCCACCACCAAACUCUGGAGAACCGGCUCCAACCCCUGUAACAAAGCCUUCUGACUCUACGCUUAAUUCAUUCCCAUCAAUUAAUACAUCUAUGAAUCGAGGCUCUGGUGAAUCGAAUCCUGGAAAUUCUCGGAUACCUGUCACUAAUUCUGAUAAUUCCACUAAGAAGUAG